AUAAAAAUCUCCAAAAAGGAAAGAUUUUAAUUUUCAGUCUUCUUAAAUACUCUCGAUCUCUUAGCAAAAAGUCCCAAGUUUUAGCUGAGUUGAGAAGAAACAAUGGUUUUCUACUUCAGUACACGAUCGGAAUCAGGAGGGGAGCUCACAAUUUUCAUGGGUCUUGAUAAACAUGAGAAUGAAGACCUUAUCAAAUACGGCUUCCCUGAAGAUAUCUGGUUCCAUGUAGAUAAAAUGUCAUCUGCUCAUGUUUAUCUAAGAUUGAGAAAAGGCCAGACAAUGGAUGAUAUCAGCGAAGAUGUACUUCAAGACUGUGUUCAGCUUGUCAAAGCCAAUUCCAUCCAAGGCAACAAGGUCAAUAAUAUUGAUGUUGUCUAUACGCCUUGGUCUAACUUGAAAAAGACGGCUUCUAUGGAUGUUGGGCAAGUUGGUUUCCACAAUACUAAGAUGGUGCGCACUGUGAGAGUAGACAAACGCAACAAUGAUAUAGUUAAUAGGUUGAACAAGACCAAGGUGGAAAGGAAAACCGACUUAAAAGCUGAACGAGAGGCAGUCGAUGCAGCAGAAAGAACGGAAAAAAAACAUCAGCAGAGAGAUAAAAAACGGCAUGAAGAUUUGGAGAGGCUAGAGAAAGAGAAGCAGGCAGAGCUUAGGAGCUACAAGGGUUUGAUGGUAUCAGAAAACAUGACUUCAAACAAGCAAAUUGCAUCUGGAAACAAGUCCAUGCAGGAAAUGGAGGAAGAUUUCAUGUGAUGCGAGGCACGCACCUAUGUACACUAGCUAACAGAGUUAGAUUUUUUCCUUAACACGAGCGAACCGAGCCGACACCUCUGGUCGAAUAUUUUGGUAAGUGAAAAUCACAAUUAAGAAUAAAGGAUCUAAGUCUGUAGGUUUUGUCGUACAUGGUUGAAUCAAAAAUAGGACUCAGGUUACGUGAAACACUAUAUUUGGUGAGCUUCACCAGCUGGUUGGUGGAGAAAAUAAACUUAUGAAAAGUUCUGUAAUGAGGGCUGUCAUUGCAAGCUAAGAUUAUAUUGAAUAUUUUCCGAUUUGUUGAGGGAUCAGAAUCUCUGGUAUUUCUAGCAGUAUAUAUCUAUUCAGAUUCUCAGAUAUGAUUUUGAUUUUUA